AUGGGGUUAGAUGAACGAAUUCACGUUAGAAAUUUAACAAUUACCAAUUCGGAUAAGAUAAAUUUGAAAUAUGAAUUAAGUAGGUAUCCUAACUUAAAACAUCUUUGCAUCCACGAUUUAAGGGAAGAUGAUGAAUUACCAUGGGUAUCUGCUACAAGAAUAAGAAUUCGUCGUUCUGAGAGAUUCGAUAUGGAGAGUUUCUUUGAAUGCUUUGACAUCGGCAGAAUUACUUCCUUGAAUCUUGAGAUGCCGUGA